AUGGCAGGUUUGGAGCACCAGGUGCACAUCCUAAGCGCACAGUUGCAAAGGCUGCGGUUUGAGAACUCAUCGCUAUUGAAUCAGAACGACCUGCUGUCCAAGGUGCUGGCCAUGAAAGAGGGCCAGCUGAGCGUGCUGCGGCAUGAGGCAAAGGCCAAAGGUGAAGAUUCAACCUCUACAGAUGUCAAACCGUGCCCACCUUGCUCCAUGCGAUCAGUGCUGGGUCAACAGGGUGCCAUCGAGUCGGCGAGCAUGUAUACAGCUGAGGUUGUGAUGAAGAUGUCAAUAGACGACGUGUGCCAGAAGUAUAAGGAGUACGCGCAGAGGCUUUCCGAGCUGUUGCUGUUGGUGGACAAGCCAGGAGGGAGCCCAGAGGGGUCAAAAGAGAUCAAUCAAAUCUUGGCAGAUCUGAGCGAACUGUUGUCGAAACUUGUGCUGUUAAAACCUGAGUAUGGGGCCAUGUUCGUUGGCCGGAACUUUGAAUUUGGAUGCACAGAGUUGCCAAAUGAAACUGAAGCACAGAAGGCAACUGAAGGAUUACUGAGGUGCCUGGAACUGAAGGAUGAGCAACAGGAGAGGGUGGUGGCGCUUUACAGACAGUUUCGCACAAACAUGCAGCGAAUCAGAGAAAGACGUCGCCAUCUGAACAACCAGUUGCAGAGUCAGCUUUUGGCAAUGGAAGGGGAGUAUGUGCCUGGCCUUGUGAUGCACAGACUUGCCAAAGCAUCGGUCCAGAUGGAGGAAGUCAUCCAGCAGUUGAAGUCCAGUGUUGACUCGGAGCGCUUUGAGUACAGCAAUCUGUGUGCUGCAUUUUUUGCAGUGGCUUUGACCACCUUGCAAGCGGCACGUAUCUUCGUGCGUUCAUAUCCCCACUACCCCGAUGUCAUGGGACUGGCAAUGUUGGUGGUACAGUCUGUGAAGGAAGAUCCAGGCUGCGAGAGCGAUGCCACUGGUGCGAGCACAUAG